AUGUGUCCUAUAAUCAUUUUUGGAAAUCUAUUGGUCAUUUUAUCAGUUUGGAUAGAUCCUCUGAAGAAACUCAGGUCUUCGCCUUCUAAUCAUAUCAUUGUAUCGAUGGCAAUUGCCGAUCUUCUGGUCGGUUUAGUGGUUUGUCCAUUGAUGGUAUACUGGGGUUGGGCCAUUUCACAACAGCAAAAUCUGACACUUCCAGCGUUGUAUUCUUUGGCCGUCUUAAUAGAUGUUAGUGCAGGACACGUGUUGCUUCUCACUGUAGACAGGGUUUUUGCUUCAGUGACUCCUUUGCAGUAUCGAGUUAAAGUAACAAAUAGACGAGUUUGCAUCGCAAGUAUUACAUGUUGGGCGUAUUUCAUACUUUUUGGAUGUGCAUUUGGUUUGUGGGAGAAAGGAUACAUCAUUAUGGGAACAAUCUUUAAUGUACAAAGUUUCUGUAUUGUUAUAAGCAUCUUCCUUUUAAACUUGGUUAUUGUAUUUGCCUUUCGCAAGCACUCCAAGACUACAACAACACAAGAUUACUUGACGGAAAAUCGGCAAAUACUGAUUCAAAAACGAGAGACGAAACUAUAUAAGGGCAUUGCAAUCGUGAUCUGUGCGUUUCUUGUCUGUUUCGUACCGUGGUUCUUAGUGCAGUGUUUGUUUUAUUUUUGCGCACCAUGCAUUUUCUCUCGGUUAAUGUUGGUACAUACAUUGACUAUCGCCUUACUGUAUGCCAAUUCCGGAGUAAAUCCUUUUUUGUAUGCAUGGAGAAUUCCCAGAUACCGAGUUACGUUCAAACACUUUCUAAAAAUUCGACAAAGGUGCUGCGUUAGUGAAAACAGCCAA